AUGGACGCAGAUGAUCAUGUUAGCUUGUUUCGCUUCCCUUUCAAGAUCCCCACCUUCCGUGGCAUAAGGAAAGGCGGUGUUUAUCUUUCAGGUGCCCUCUAUGCUCUAGGGUUUUGGAUAUUUCUAGACGCAGUGCUCUAUUCUAGAUAUUCCAAUGCAUCAGAUGUUCAUGUAACAUUCAUUGACUGGAUUCCUUUCCUUUGCAGCACACUAGGAACGCUGAUUGUGAACUCUAUUGAGAAGAAUAGAUUAUUGCAGGGAGCUUUAUCAUCAGAUGGUGGUGCCUUUGGCAGUGGUGCCGGCGACUUAGAUUCGAAUAUGGCAUGGCAAGCUCGAACCGUUUUAUUCUUUGGCUUUGCACUAUUAGCUGGUGGGUUAUCAGGCUCCAUUGUCGUGUUGAUCAUCAAAUUUUUGGUGAAGGAUUACAAUACCUAUCCAACUUUGGGGAUGGGAGUAAAUAAUGUGUUGGGGAAUGUAUGCAUAUUGUUGAGUUGUGUUGUUUUAUGGAUUGCUCAAAAUGUUGAAGACGACUAUUCAUAUUCUUUGACGCUAUAA